AACGACUUCUACAAGAACAACAAGUAGAGCACAACUUGAAGAGCAUCGAAAAGGAACUCAUCACAAAAGACCACGGAAAAUGGCGACGCUGUCCACCUCGAACUCGAAGAAAGCAAGAUCAUUCCGUGAGCUGCAAGGUGGUGGAACCCACCUCCAUCUCCCAAACAAGAUGUUGUCUUCUUGUUGCCUCUUCAUGUUCCUCUUAAUGCAAACUGCACGAGUCGCAAAAGCUGAAGAAAACUUGAUGGAGAUGCUUCUGAAAGGUCUCGGAGAAGGAAUGGAGGAUAUGCUGAAAGACGCCGAUGUUGCCGGACUGGAGGAUAUGCUAAAAGACGCCGAUGUUGCCAAUGAGAAGAAAGAGGACCAAAAAAUAUGAAGAUUAUUUCUUCUUGCUAAUUGUCGUCGACGUAGUCCCUAGACCUCCUCUUUACUUAAUCAACAAAAUGAGUCUUCACCUACUUCUACUACUACACCGAGAUGAACUACUUAAUCAAGAUCAACAAGAGUCUUCCCCUUUUACUUACUACACCAAGAUGAGCUGGUAGAUGAAGUUCUAAUAUAAGUACCCACACCCAACUUGCCGACUUGUGUAGAACGACCCUCAAGAUGAUCUCAUUGGUCUUCUAAUUCUCCAUAAUCUUCUAAUCAGUUGAGUAGAACUCUAAAUGAUCUUCUAAUUCUCGAUCUCGGACGUCGAGAUGCUAAACGGAAGAAGCAGAAACACCGGUUCGGGUCGAUGGAUCCUAUGUACGAGGGGGGAUCGUCACGAACAGAACUAAAGUUUGGGCCUGACGGAUUCUCAAUCGGUCCAACCAUGCACUUCGACAAGGAGCAGACCAAACGUUAUGGGAGACCAGAUUCGAUCAUUCUUUUGAGAGGGCGGGAAAGCUGUGUUGCAGCUUCUACUUAGACGAGGAAGAUGCAGCUAUAAUUUGCGUGAAGGGAUAAGCCAGCCUAGUUAUAAAGGUAGGUACUACUAGAGGGAACAAGAUGUUGCAGCUAUUGCUAUAUUAAUCAAGGAAGAUGCAUCUCCUGGGGUUGUAGCUGAAUGAACUCAAGAAGCGGAGAAUCUUCGUUCUGAGGUCCUCUAAUAUAGACGAGGCGAAAACUAUGCGGGAAGGAAAAUUCCGAAAAAAAAUAGAAUCACCGUUCGCGCAGACCUUGACCUGGGAGAUUUCAUCAUGCGAAAUUAAGGCUCGUCUUGAUUUCUAUGUUGAAUAAGUAUUUUGAUGUAACUGUAUGUACGUCGUGUACCCUUACAACUUCUAGUUUGUUAAGAACCUUUCUUGAAUUUGAUGUCUUUGUGCAUGUGCUUUCUUAUGUCUUUCUUAGUCCUAGUUAGGUCUACUGGUUGUAUUCAAGCAACAUGAAGUGCAGCAGGCUUUCACAACUCUCUUCUUGCUUGGUGCUUGCAUAGUCUGCUGCAGAAGUUGUAAGAAUAUAGCAUUCACCCUCCUCGGAUGAUUUUGCUUUUGUUCAUCGUCAUCCUACUACCACGACUACUUCUUCAAGAUUCUCGUGUCUCACUCUAAGGUGCUGGCGACGAUGAAGAAACUCAAACUCGCAGUGCUUCUUCUUCUCGCAGCUCUUCUCGUGGAGGUGGAAACCAGAAAAAUGCGUCUGAAGAAAAACCUACUCCUACUGCUGGAGGUGCCGGACGAACAGGAACCAACACUGACGGACAGGAUCAAGACGAAUUAUGGUUAAGUGUUACUAGUGAUGUCUACUACUUUUAAGUAAUUUGUCGUGUUUCUUUGUGAUUGUGUUACUGUAGUUAAUCCUAACAUCUUUUGAUCCAACGCAAAUGAAGUACUACUAGGAAAAGCAAGAAAACUAGGCUGGCAGACGGUACUUCUUUCUACCUGCUACCGGCAUUGAGUUGUUAAUACUGUGUCUGCUUACUCCUGCCAGGCUAGAAGUGCAGGUGCCGGUGGGGCGGCUCGCUGUGCAGGAUCCAUAACCUAACCUAGCCUAACCUGACCUAGAAGGUAGUUCUACCUACCGGGAAAAUUUUUGAUUUCUUGCUGUGCCUGCUUACCUCUUCUAAUAAACAAGAUGGCGGAUAGCCUGUUCGACGAGAAAAGAGAUGGCGAAUAUGACAUUGCUUAUGGUCUUCAACUUCAUUUUUUAGUGGCCUCAUCUGUUCUCUUACUAUUUUUCCACUAUCUAACGAUUGAAGUACUAAAUGGUACCUGUGAAAGUAGAUUGAUGUCAUCAUCAUUUUUUUUAGUGGCUACCUAUCUUAUCCUUGGUAUAUUAACCUUUGUCUCCCUUCAACAAGGAAGUAAGAAACGAAAGAACUAGAACUCUUUGCUUAUCUUCUUCGUUUUCGUUGUUUGAAACCAUACCUUUUUUCAGAGAUUUUUCUAAUGUCACGAGUUGGUUAAAAGUUUAUCAUACAAGGACGAGGACCCCGAGGCACCAGGGUCGCUUAUGAGCCUCUAUCGGAAGUUUGAGAAGACGCUGAAGGAUGACCAGGAGUGGAGAUCUCGCAGGGAAAAAGGGAAGAAGAAGAUGAACACCAAGAAGACGAAGGAAGCGAAAGGCAAGAAGACCAGUACGAGCGAGGACAAGGCUGAGGAAGACUUCGAUUGGAUGAACAUCAUUGAUGACAUUUUUGGUCCGUCGAAGAAUGGCACGACUAGUAUGGCUGCACCAGGAGAUGGAGAAGGAGAUAAUUUUUCUAAUCUUCAUCUUGGUCUCACUUCUUAUAAAUAUAAUUACUUAGCGUUAGCAAGAAAGGCUGCAUCCUAUCUUAUCCUAUUCUAUCCUAGAUGAAAUAAACUUGAACAUCAUCGAAGAUUAUAGCUUAUUCAUGGCUACGACGUAGUUCUAAUGACAAAGAAAAGAGUACUUCUACGGACGAUGGCAGCAGCGAUGAUGUCGGAGACAUGAUGCGGCAGAUUUACGGACACUAUCUGAAAGAGACGCAAGGUAUCGAUGCAGAAACAGACAACAAGGACAGCAUUGGAGCAGAUGAUGACAUGAAAGAGCUGAUUGACAAAAUUUGGGGUCCGGAGAGUGGUAAAAAUCACCCUUCACAAUAUUGGAACUUGGAGCUGCAAGGAAAGACAUCAUCUUCGAAUUCGAACGAGAGGAAGGCCACGACUUCUGCGGACGAUAAAGAAGAGAAGAAGAAAAACAAGAGCACCUCCACGAAAAGUGACAACUACAAGAAGAAGGGACCCAAGAAGGUGUCGAGGACCAAGAACAAGAACGCGAAGAACAAGAACAAGAAAGCGGAGAAAGAACAACAGUCUAGUAAAGCACCAAAAGACGCUGGGUUCUUUCGAAACAUGAUGAAAUAUGCUGUUGAAUCUACCGUCGGCUUCUUCAACGAGGAUUCGAGUGAUAGCCAGGAAGAAGUCGAAGAGGACGAUGAUGAUACGACACAAGGACAAGGACAAGGACAAGGACAGUACCGAGGAGGCGAAGAGGAAGAGGAACAAUCAUCAGAAGUUAUGGUCGUGGAGGAUCAUAAUUAUAUGGACGUCGUGGGUCGGUCAUAUGGAGUAAAGACACUGGAAGUACUUAGCGUGUAGCAGAGAAGAAGCUACCGAUGUAACUACGUGCUCAGAAAUCACCUCCUCGAGGAACCAGCUACAUUUGUGUCGUCCUCGGAACCGGCUGAAGGUUGUAGUUGUGUUUGGUCUCGAUGAUCCACUUCUCAUCUCUCAGGAGCACUCGAUGCCAUUUCGUUCCCCUAGAAUGGGAGGAGAUACUUUUUAUAAGUCUUGAAAAAGGCCAUUUUUUCUAAAUAGAGUGCAGCAGAAGAAGAAGACUUCGAUGCGGUCUGGGAGGAGUUGCUAGAAAUGGGAUUCAAAGCUGGGCAGAAGAUGGGCUUCAAAUAUGCAAAAGAUAUACAGAAGAGAGUCUCUUCCUCAGUGUUUGACGUUAUGGUUAACACUCUCAAAGAUGUGAAUGCGAACGAACAACAGAAAAAAAAGAAUAAGGGUGGAGGCGAUAGCGCAGAAGAUGAGGAUGAGGAUGUAAAAGAACCACGGAAGCAGAAGACCAAGAAGAUGAGUGCCAAAAAUGACGUGGUGAACAAGAAGGUUUUUAGAGAAGAAAAGGAAAACAACAAGAUCUUCAUCGAGGAUCAUGAAGCCCCUGCACGAGUGAUUCUUCAUCAAGACCAUCAAGACGAUGACUCUACUUCAUCAACAUCUGCAUCCGAUUUUUCCGACUGGGACACCACACCUGGCUACGACUUCCUGCUGCGUGACGUGAAUCGGUGUGACUGGGAAAGGAUUGACGUUACUAGUUCUGCGUUUCGUCCGCAACACCUGGAUUGGUCUAAGCCAAUGAUGUUCACCAACUGGCAUAUGAAUGCGGAAUUGCAAGAUUAUGGCACUACAACUUCUAGUGUUUUGAAGCAUCACAGGAGCUUGGUCGAUGAUGUUUAAGUUCACGACCUACAUGGCAUCCACCAGCUCAUUUUCCUCCACCUCGAUCUUCAUUGCCUUGUUCCCCUCUAACAAGGACGCACCCGCAAAGAAAACAUGCUGCAGGAGUUCGGCAAUAAAACGGUUAUCCUGUCGAAUGCAGUGACCUACUCUCACGAGAAGAAACGCUGUAGUUUCGCUGAAUAUGUGGAAGAUUUCUCGAUCGCGAAUCUGGCUUCUCUACAGUCCGCGCUUUCCCGAAACGCUACAGACACGUGGUACUUGUGUGGAGACAACUUUUGUUAUGGAGAAACACGGAGUCUAUUUGUGUAGGUCAGGAGUCUAUUUUUUACAUUUGCCUCAUUCAGGAGUGGUUUCUUCACGCAUUUUUAUUUUUCUUGUAGCUGCAUUUUUAUUUUUCUUGUAGCUGCAUGAUGAAUCAAGACUACAGCGGAAAAUCACAUUAACAAGACCUUGUCGUCCGCGUCUUCCACGCCAAUUCCCUGUGGUGACACCGACCCCCCCCCCUCUAGCUCUACUAACCCUCGGACGAACUGCUGAACAUGUACGUGCGCCCUGAGUGGCUCCCUGGUGCAGCAAGUGGCAGUCUAGCCUUUGGCGUCGGUGGAACCGGCAGUGGCAUCCCUCUGCAUCGUCAUGGUGGCGCUUUGUUGGAAGUGACGGCUGGUCGAAAGCGAUGGUUCGUUGCACCCCCUUCUUCUUCUCCUUCGAGUAGCGAUACUGGUGUCAACACAUUGGGAGCAAAUAAACAUAAGAAAACCUCCUCCACCUCCAGCUCCAACUACAACAAGAACAUCAAGAAGAAGAACAAAGAACGUGGGAGCAAGAUGGCGGAUGAUUUAUUUGGACUUGAUGAACUGAAAGCCGAACUGCAAAAAUUUGCUACAUCCUCUAAGCCAAUCGGCGCUAUCACCACUGCGGAUUUGAUGGCCGACAACAGUCCGCCGUUCGAUCCGGAAAAUUAUGCCUAAUCAAUUCAGAUCUUCCAAGUGCUGUAGUAGAGCAGGACUUGGAGAUGAGACAUGAUCGAUGAUGAUGACCUGAAACUGAAGAUAAGAAAUCAUCAAUUCACACUGUUCACGUGACACCACCUCCUAGACCUAGGUAUUCAAAAAUUGAUCUUUCAUUUUCUCUCGUCUUACUUUACUCACAACUGCAAAAAUCCGAAUCUUGCAAUCCGAAGCAGGAGGUUCUCAACAUUCCUCCAUCCUCCUCGAUUUCCCCCUCUAAGGCAGGAGUUCCUUCAACUGGUUUCACGAUCGCGAGGAUGAAAAUCCGCAGUCGCGCAUCCGCAUGUGUACCCAGGAAACAAAUGAGGCUUUGUGGCUCCCCAACGAGUGGUGGCAUGCAACACUGAAUAUUGGCGAGACCGUGUUUUGGUUGUUGUUCGUCUGAGGAAGUCGCCUGACGUGGAUGAUGACGUGGACGAUGAAGUAGUACUUCUACGUUGUUGAAGUAGUACUUCUACUUCUUUAGAUGACGUGGAUGAUGAUGAACUUCUAAGUUGUUGAAGUACUUCUACUUCUUUAGAAAUUAGUGCUAGUACUAAACUAAGUUGAAGUUGUACUUCUACUUUUUAUUCUUUAGAAAUUAGUGCUAGUACUAAACGUAGCAGAAGAUGUUGAGGAGAGGUCGACAUCUUGUUCUAGCGUUAUAAGGGUUCGAGAUGUAGAAGAAGGAUUGUUGAACACCACGCUCAGCAGGAUAUCAAGCACUAUGAAGAUAUGUACCAAAAGGUGAAUAUUAAUAAGCAUGAAUAUGACGCAAAACAUGGUGAUGUUUGAAGUGGCACAACAUCACAUGAGGUGGUAGCAUAAUUUGACUUACAACGACAAAAAGCCUUUUUUGAUCACUCUCGGUUACGCAAUAAUUUAGAUCUUUGAAAAAUAAAAAGGAAAAAUAUCAGUGAAGUCUUCAACAAACUCAACUCGAACUCGAACUGACUUGCAACACAUAAUGACUUCACACAUUUUAAUGAUUUGCAACGGUCCUAAACCUCGAUCCUAGACCUCCCUGUUUCUUUUCACAAAACAAGUGAGGUGCAUCCUGUGAUUUACAUCGCAAGCCUUAGGCGGACGACCUCAACCUCGAUGUGUCUACAAGUUUUGUUAGUGAUUUCGAUGAAGACCAAAGGAAGAACCAUCUUCCUUGUUGAUGUUGAAGAAUUACAAUCAUUAAUCCGUCUAAACUUUCCAUCUUGUUCAGGCUCAUUAUUAUGAAGCGCUGCUCGCAUACGCACAUACGCACACAAAUGUUGACAUGACUCCUGGUGUUGGACGAUGAUGUUGUUGACAUCUCGAUCUCUCCUCCCAGGAGGAUCACGAGUGAUUUAGAUGAUACCCUGCUCCACCUCCCAUCUCCCUACUGCGGCAUGCAAGUGGCAAAGCCUAAAGACACAGCUCCUCAGCCUGUUUGUGAUCC